AUGAUCCUGGACUGGAUUGGCAGCGUCCUCGAUCCUGAUCAAGAGUCUUCUCCAGCCGACGAUGCCGGCGAGUUUGCACCCCAUAGCCUCGAGGAGCAUGGCUCCAUGAGCUCUCUCAGUGACGGAUCAAUGUCUCAGCGACAGCCCCUGAAUCCUCCCUCCCACUGGCAAGGGGAGCGCCCUUCGGUGCUGCCCCGCUACCACCCGAACCCCUCUCAUCGCCGAAUCAUGAACACACACCGCAUUCAGCACCACUCUGACAGCUCCCUCAUCAUGCAUACGGACGCAGUUCGUACGCGCGCACGGGCCUUCCGCCUUGGCCGCCGACGCAUCUCCAAGCUCCCGCGUGGCCUGCGUCGCGGCACUCUUGACAGCAUCAAAAACGUCGACGUCUUCCAGCCCAGCACACCGGCCAAGGUCAUUAAGACGCCGCGAGGCCCAGGAGAACUCCAACCCCUGCUUGAGGCAAGCGGAUCCCACCUCGACUCAACCGUCGCGUCAUCUCGAGGGCAGCAGCUGGACACCUCACACCACAGCCAAGCCCCGUCGGCACCCUAUCCCAUUGGCCCUGUGGUCUUGGUCUUCAUCGACGGCAUUUCGGAUGGCCUCACCAUGGGUAUCACAGAAACGCUCGGUGUCACACAAGGCAUCAUCCUGGGCAUCUCCCUUGCCGUUGAAAUGGCCUUUACAGGCGCGGCCCUGGCUGCCAUUCUCUCAGAUCGUGGUACCAGGCGCACUACUUCACUCAUCACCCUCACCGUCGUCCCCUUCUCCAUGCUCAUUGGGGGCAUCCUGGGUCGGUUCUUGAUGAUGGAGGUGGAUGAAGCCUCGCCCGUCUUUGCCGGCUUUAUGAGUUUUGUCGUUGGUCAGCUUUUUUACCUGGCAACUGUAGAACUCAUUGGCGAGGGCCAUGCCAUUGUCAAUGACCUCGGCAAGGCUGCCUUCUCCCGCUGGUUCGACGUGGCCCUGUUAUUUGGCUUCAUGGGCGAACUCAUGGUGGAAAUCUUCCUGGACUAG